AUGGCUCCCGCAGAGAAGAUCAAGGCCAAGAUCAAGAAGACACUGCCUGUGACUGGGCCCCAGGCGCCCACCGUGAAGGAGCUGAUGCACUGGUACUGCAUGAACACCAACACCCACGGCUGCCGGCGCAUCGUCGUGUCUCGGGGACGCCUGCGCCGGGCCCUCUGGAUCCUGCUGACGUUGAUGGCGGUGGGGCUGAUCCUGUGGUACUGCGCCCAGCUGGUCGUGAACUACUACAUGGCCUCCGUCUCGGUCACGGUGCAGUUCCAGAAGCUCCCUUUCCCGGCCGUGACCAUCUGCAACAUCAACCCUUACAAGUACAGUGCCAUAAAGGAGCACCUCGCAGAGCUGGACAAGGAGACCAGGGCCGCCCUGGAGUCCUUAUAUAACUUCUCGGGAGCGGAAAGCAAGGCCCGGGAGCGCCGCAAUGCCGGCAGUCAGAACCCUGGGAAGAGCAAGUUUCUCAGGCAGUUUCCCCUGGUGAAACUGGGCAGCCUCCGUGCUCAGCCCCUGGUUAACAUCUCUGCUGGGUACAAGCGGCGGACUGAGGCUGGCAUCAUCUCGGGCAGCUCCAGCAUGGUCAACGUCCGAAGCCCCCAGGACGUCAUGGGCUUCCAGCUGUGUGACACCAACAACAAGAGUGACUGUACUGUCUACACAUUCAGUUCGGGUGUCAACGCCAUCCAGGAGUGGUACAAGCUGCACUACAUGAACAUCAUGGCUCAGAUCGAUGCAGAGGAGAAGGAGCUGAUGAGCUAUUCAGCCGAGGAGCUGCUGCUGAGCUGCUUCUUUGACGGGGACUCCUGUGAUGCCAGGAACUUCACUUCCUUCCACCACCCUCUCCAUGGAAAUUGCUACACCUUCAACAGUGGGCAAGAUGGGAAGAUCCUGAGCACGUCCACAGGCGGCAGUGAAAAUGGACUGCAGGUGAUCCUGUACGUAGAGGAAGCAGACUACAACCCCUUCUUGGUGACAUCCACGGGAGCCAAGAUUGUGAUCCACGAUCAAGACGAGUACCCCUUCAUCGAGGACAUUGGCACCGAGAUCGAGACGGCCACCGCCACCUCCAUUGGAAUGCACUUUACCAUGUCCCACCGUCUCAGCCAGCCGUACAGCAGCUGCACGGAGACCGGAGCUGACGUUCCCGUGGAGAACCUCUACAACAAAAGCUACUCUCUGCAGAUCUGCCUGCAUUCCUGCUUCCAGAACUCAAUGGUGAAAACCUGCGGUUGUGCCCAGUACGCCCAGCCCCUGCCUGCCAGAGCUGAAUUCUGCAACUAUAAGAAAUUCCCCAAUUGGAUGUACUGCUACUAUAAGCUGCACGAAAAGUUUGUGAAAGAGCAGCUGGGCUGCCAGAAAAUCUGCAGGGAAGCCUGUAGAUUGAAAGAGUGGACCCUCACCACCAGCCUGGCCCAGUGGCCGUCCAGCGUGUCCGAGGAGUGGAUCCUUCGAGUUCUCUCUUGGGACAAAGGGAAAAACAGCAACAAGAUGUUAAACAAGACAGACCUGGCAAAUCUCAAGGUGUUCUACAAAGAUCUGAAUGAGAGGUUCAUCACUGAAAAUCCAGCCAACAAUAUCGUUCUCCUCCUGUCCAACUUUGGGGGCCAGCUGGGCCUGUGGAUGAGCUGCUCGGUGGUCUGCAUCAUUGAGAUUGUGGAGGUCUUCUUCCUCGACACACUGUGCAUCAUCCUCCGCCAGCAGUGGCAGAAGGCCAAGAGGUGGUGGAAGGGGCAGCCGGGCGAGCAGGGCCAAGCAGAGGCCGGUGGGCCCCCCCCAAGCGGUGCAGAACAAGGGUACCACAACUCUGCCUGCUCCCAAGAUGACGAAGACCCCCCUACCUUCAACACGGCCAUGCGGCUGCCGCCGCCCCGAACCCCACCACCCAACUACAGCACCCUGCGACACGUCAGCCCUUUUUCUGAGCAGCUGGCAGAUACCCUGGAGGCCGGGGCCCAGUGAGGCCGUUGGUCUCUGCAGGAAGCACCGGGACUUGUGGCGCCGCUGGAGGCCUGAAGCCACAUGCUGGCAGCACGGCGGCUCCCUGUGCAAGAGACUUGAUC